CCACCGGGGAGGGGCAGCGGCGGAAGGGGCGUGGCCGCAUCCCGGAAGCGCGUCCGGCCGGCCGGAAGCGAAGGCCGGGAGGAGAAUGGCGGAGGGGGAGGUGUCCGAGGGCUGCCGCCUGCCCGUGCUGCGCCGUAACCAGGACAACGAGGAUGAGUGGCCACUGGCCGAGAUCCUGAGUGUGAAGGACAUCAGCGGGAGGAAGCUGUUCUAUGUCCACUACAUCGACUUCAACAAACGCCUGGACGAGUGGGUGACCCACGACCGGCUGGACCUCAAGAGGGUCCAGGUGCCCCGGAAAGAGGCCAAGACCCCCACCAAGAACGGCCUGCCCGGCUCCCGGCCCGGAUCCCCCGACAGGGACCCGAGGAAGAGCCUGGAGCUGGCGCUGCCGGUGGCCCCCGCCAGCGGGAAGAGUUUGCCAGGGCCACCGGGGCCACCGGGGCCACCGGCGGGGCCACCAGGGCCACCAGGGCCAGCGGGGCCAGCGGGGCCGGGGCCCAUCACGCUCCGCUUUCACCUGCCCAAGGAGAGCGAGGCCGAGCCCCCCCCGGGCCCCCAGCGCCCCACGAAGCGGAAGGUCGAGGUGGUGUCGCCGGCCACGCCCGUCCCCACCCCCAGCGAGACCUCGCAGGCGUCCGUGUUCCCCCAGAACGGCUCAGCGCGCCGGGCGGUGGCGGCUCAGCCGGGCCGGAAGAGGAAAUCGGCGUGUCUGGGGACAGACGAGGACUCGCAGGACUCGUCGGACGGAGCCCCCUCGGCGCCCAGGAUGACCGGGAGCCUGGUGUCGGACCGGAGCCACGACGACAUCGUCACCAGGAUGAAAAACAUCGAAUGCAUCGAGCUGGCGCACCGCCUCAAGCCCUGGUACUUCUCGCCGUACCCGCAGGAGCUGACGGGGCUGCCCGUGCUGUACCUGUGCGAGUUCUGCCUCAAGUACGGGCACAGCCUGCGCUGCCUGCAGAGACACCUGACCAAAUGUGACCUCCGGCACCCCCCUGGGAACGAGAUUUAUCGCAAGGGCACCAUUUCCUUCUUCGAGAUCGACGGCCGCAAGAACAAGAGUUAUUCCCAGAAUCUCUGCCUGCUGGCCAAGUGUUUCCUGGACCACAAGACCCUUUACUACGACACCGACCCCUUCCUCUUCUACGUCAUGACCGAGUACGACUGCAAAGGUUUCCACAUCGUGGGCUACUUCUCCAAGGAGAAGGAGUCGACCGAGGAUUACAACGUCGCCUGCAUCCUGACCCUGCCCCCGUACCAGCGCCGGGGCUACGGCAAACUGCUCAUCGAGUUCAGUUACGAGCUGUCCAAGGUGGAGGGUAAGACGGGCACUCCCGAGAAGCCGCUGUCGGACCUGGGGCUGCUGUCGUACCGCAGUUACUGGUCCCAGACCAUCCUGGAGAUCCUCAUGGGGCUCAAGGCCGAGGCCGGCGAGCGGCCCCAGAUCACCAUCAACGAGAUCAGCGAGAUCACCAGCAUCAAGAAGGAGGACGUGAUCUCCACCCUGCAGUACCUGAACCUCAUCAACUACUACAAGGGUCAGUACAUCCUGACGCUCUCCGAGGACAUCGUGGAGGGCCACGAGCGGGCGAUGCUCAAGCGGCUCCUGCGCAUCGACGCCAAGUGCCUGCACUUCACCCCCAAGGACUGGAGCAAGCGGGGGAAGUGGUGAGGCCACG